UGUCGAAAUUUAAAUUUUCAAAUUCGCUCGAACGGUUUGUAAAGACGCGUUGUUUAUUUUAUUAAGAUUGUGAUAAUAAAUUCAAUUUUAAUGUUCUAUGCAACGACAACAUAAUAAAAUAAUAUAAGUAUACGGUUACGAGAAAACAAGUGUUCACAGUGUCACUAGAAAAAAGUUUUACAACAAAGUUUAUAUCGUUUAAUAACUUAAAAUACAAUGGCUAACAAACUCAAUACUGAUACUAAAGAUGGUUUAUCGAAAGAAAUGAAGAGAAUUCAGCAACGAUGCAUUGACACACGGAAUAUAAUUGAAAACACACUAGAAGUUUCUUUACAUCAAGAUAACGUAGCGAAUAGUGCUUUGUCUUACGUCGUAGGCCUCCGAAAUGAAAUCCUUAACUCCAAUAUAGUGAUAAAUACAGACGACAAUUUAAUUACCGGUCAGUUUUUAGCAGAAAUGAAAACAAAAACGGAACAGAUAGAUGAACUGAUUGCGUUUACUAAGGGAAAUAUCUUCGAUACAGAUCGAGAGAUUGAAAGAUUACAAAACAUAACAAAAAUAGCGAAAGAAGCUCUCUCCAGGCCAAGAGUGGUCCAUCGAGAUGUGCGUUUGGAGCAUUUGCAGAAAGCAAAACAAACAUUUCAAGUGUUGAAGAAUGAACUGCAAGGUCUCAUACAGUCUUUACAUCCACAAUUAAGUGAUGACAUAGUGGAUGUUAUGGGGCAACUCAUGCAGGAGAAAUUAAAUGAGGAAUCCAAUGGAUAUAUUGAAAUUACAAAUGAAAAUUAUAAGGUAGUUGAACUGUUGAGUGACAUGAACAUAGUCACAGCAAAUCCCUAUAAUAAUAUGGAAGUGAAACUCGCUUACUAAUAUUUUAAAACAUUUGUAGUUAACUCAGUCACCCUUAAAUCUUUAUGUUAAACUAGCUUUUCGCCUGCGGCUUCGCCCGCAUUGUCUAAACCUUAACAAAUCAUAUACUUAUUCCUUCCUCAAGAACUACUCUAUCUCUUAAAAAAAACUUCAUCAAAAUCUGUUUUAAGCAUACAUAGGGAUGUAGGGACAGAGAAAGUGACUAUGUUUUAAUAGUAUGAAGUGAUGUUGCCAGCAAAUAAAAUCAUUGUGGAAACCAUUAGAAAUAAAUAUUAUGUUGUACAGAUUAGCUACAUCAGCAUUAAUUUUGUGAGUUGUUAAGUGAAUUAAAAGCUUUAAAAUACAUUGAUAUCCGUUUUGUAAGACUAUUUAAUUAGGAGGUUAUUUGUAAAUCAAUAUUAAGUAAUUUUAAUAAAAACUAAGUAAGAUA